AUGAUAAACGAGGAAACAAAUAGUAUUUAUCAAUUAAAUAUGGGAGAAGGUAAAACAUCUGUUAUUCUAAUUAUUCUAAGUGAGAUUUUAGCUAAUGAUAUUCUUGAUGAAUCUGAUGAGAUUUUAUGUCAUGGAAAAGAAUUAAAUAAUACAUUAGGAUCUUCAAAACCAUUAGAUGGUGGCCCAAUUCGUUGGGGACUUCCAUUUUUAUUUUUUAAUAUGAUUUUUAAUGAAGAACAAUUCUGCGAAAAACUGAAAGUUGCUUCUCAACUAAAUAAUUGUCCAGUUGUUUUUCAAGAAAAUUUCAGACCAAUAAAAAUUGUACCGGAUCUUAGUCGAGAAUUUUGUGAAAUAUUACUCUCAAGAUUUAAUCAAAAAACCAUUAAUAUAGUUGAUAAUGGAGACGAAAAUUGUGGAUGUUAUGAGGACUUCAUCCGAGGAGAAUCUGUAUCGAAGGAAGAUAAAAUAAUUAAAUUAUUGGUCGUAAAAAGCCAGAAUAUGUUGAAUAGUCUUUUACUAGCGAAAGCUUGGUUACAUCAUGAUAUACUUUAUCAUGUCAUGAAUUAUCGUUAUCGAGUUGAAUAUGAAUUAUCGGGAAAAAGAGAAAAAGAAAUUGCCAUUUCAUUUCGAGGUAAAGAUUUAUCGUCCGAAAAUUCAGAAUUCACCCAUCCAGAUAUUAUGAUUGACUUUACUAUUCUUAGUUAUUUAUAUCGAGGAUUAGAUUUAGAACAAGUAAGAAAAAGGAUUAAUCAAAUUAAAAAAUGA